UUGUUAAAAUUCCAAACAGAUUAACUUACUUGACAGUAAGGAGCUCCAACAAAGAGUGAAACUUUAUCUCAUGAAUCGUGGCCCACCUGAGCAUUGGCUUUUUUCUGGACCUUUCAAGCGUGCGGAAUUGCAGAAAGCUCUUGGAAAUUAUUUGUCAUGGAAGGAAAGGUAUCCAACUUUUUUUGAUGAUAUUGCUGCACGCCUGCUUCCAAUCAUCCCCUUAAUCAUAUAUAGACUCAUUGAAAAUGACGCUAUGGAUGCGGCUGAUAGAGUUCUUCAAGUUUAUUCAACCUUCCUUCAUUACUAUCCUCUGAACUUCACGUUUGUUCGUGAUAUACUUGCUUAUUUCUAUGGUCAUCUUCCUGGAAAGCUAAUACUUCGUAUAUUGAAUAUCUUGGAUAUUAAAAAGAUACCAUUUUCUGAGUCAUUCCCGCAACAUAUCAACUCAUCAAAUGCAGCCAUGUGCCCACCAUUGGACUACUUUGCUACUCUUUUGUUAGGAGUGGUGAAUCAUGUUAUUCCUGCUUUAAAUAACAGCUCCAAAUGUGCAGCAAUGGGAGAUUUUGCAAAUAAUUCUACCCGUGCUCCCCAUGGAAAGAUCCAAGCAACAUCACAACCUGGGCCAACUAAUUCCUCUGAAGGGCAGAAACCAUAUUAUCAGAUGCAAGAUCCUGGCACAUUCACCCAGCUGACUCUUGAAACAGCUGUGAUAGAGUUACUUUCUCUUCCUGUUUCGCCGUCACAGAUUGUCUCAUCUCUUGUUCAAAUUGUUGUUCACAUACAACCAACCCUUGUCCAAUCCAGCAAUGGGCUGCAUGGAGCUCCUGCUAGUUCUGGACAAGGCUCUAUUUUGCCUACUUCUCCUUCGGGGGGAAGCACUGAUUCUUUGGGUGCAACUAGGACGACUCCAUCGGUUUCAGGAAUGAAUACUUCUAAUUUUGUUUCACGUAGUGGUUAUACUUGCCAGCAGCUGUCUUGCUUGUUGAUCCAAGCAUGUGGUCUUCUUUUGGCACAACUUCCUCCAGAGUUUCAUGUGCCGCUAUAUGUUGAAGCUGCACGCGUAAUAAAAGAAAGUUGGUGGCUUACUGAUGCUAAAAGGUCAGUGGGCGAACUAGAAUCUGCUGUUAGCUAUGCUCUACUAGACCCCACCUGGGCUGCACAGGAUAAUACCUCAACAGCCAUUGGUAAUAUUGUCGCAUUGCUACAUGCUUUCUUCUGUAACCUCCCACAAGAAUGGCUCGAGGGAACACAUCUUAUCAUUAAGCACCUUAGGCCUGUGACAUCUGUUGUGGUAUUAAGAAUAGCAUUUCGUAUUAUGGGUCCUUUGCUUCCAAGGCUGGCCAAUGCUCACGCCCUUUUUAGUAAGACACUGUCGCUGCUUUUGAAUAUUUUGGUGGAUGUCUUUGGGAGGAACUCACAGCUGCCAGUAUCUGUUGAAGCAACCGAAAUCUCUGAUCUUAUCGACUUCCUGCAUCAUGUUAUUCAUUACGAGGGGCAGGGAGGGGCAGUGCAAGCAUCUAGUAAACCCAGAUCAGAAAUUUUGGUUCUUUUUGGAAGAGCAGCUGAAAAUUUGCGUCCAGAUGUUCAACAUCUUCUUUCCCACCUCAACACUGAUGCAAACAGUUCUAUUUAUGCUGCAACUCACCCAAAAAUUGUCCAGAAUCCUUAAUAAUCCUUGUAUCAUGCCUUCUUUGUGAAGAUGUGGUUGAAAGGUAUAUCUUAAAGACUUUGUUAUUGCAGGAACUAUUUGACGGCGUUAAGUUGCUUUUGCAGCUAUAUGUCACCCUCCAGUGAUAUGAGAUGCAACAUAGAAAUGUGUACCAAAUUUUCCUUUGGGAUAAAAAAGUUGUUAAAAGUCAUCCCUUCAAUGGGAAGGGAAGGUAUAUAUGCUGUUAGGUGGUUGCUUUAAAUUUUGUAUAAAAAAUACAGUAUGACAUGCAAAGGAGACUGUUAAAACCUUCCCCUUUCCCGUCUUUGUUUAAUAAAAAAAACUCAUGACGAAGUCUUCUCACAA